AUGAUGCAUCACUCACUAGCCACCAAGAAUAAAGGGAGACACCAUCGGAAAGCGUAUCGCAAGAGGCCUCUCGCGAAACCUUUGAAGAGUCACAUCUCGAACCUUACCCGAACAAGAUGCCAGCCAAAGAGAGAAAAAAACACUAAUAAUCCUGGACGUACCCAAGUCCGGUGGUGUCCCACUUGGUCUCCCUCGCUGGCUGCUCUGGCGGUCAGUCAGCUCGAACGAGGACGAAGUGGCUUGCAUGAAACCCCGUACCCGUUCGGCCAAUGGGAGCCACGAGGGCGGCUGUCGCAGCAAAACAAGCGCGAUAUAUCGUCCGACGGGGGGGUGUUGGGGGCCGCCGCAGGCGUGAGACGCUUGUGGGAGGUAACCUCCGAAGCACUUGAGCCGCCAAGCCGAGGAGCAAGGUCGGGCUUCUUGGUUCUUAUUCGUCACCAGGCCGCGUUUUAUUAA